UGUUAAAUCGGCUUGUGCAGUACAGGAUCAAGUCUGAAGUGAACCUCCAAAAGAUUGCAGAGUAGAAUCGAGCCUUCUCCGAUCAAUGCUUCCGUUACAUCAUUUUGCAUAAAUCCUCAUCCGAGUAUGACCGGAAGUGGUCGAAGAAGUGCACGAAGUAGAACCAAGCCCUCCACAGACGCCGGCGAAGACUGUUCUAUCGGUCACACGAAAAGUAACCUGAAACGAAGAGGAGAUAGAAGUAGAGAUCAAAGUUUGAUUCAAAUCUUCAUUGUCAACGUCAAAUUCAUGCUCGGUCUUGGCGUGUUUGCUUUAUUGAUCGUCGGCUAUGUGAUUCGUACUCUCAUAAACCCCGUCGAAGGAGCCGAGAUGUCUAGGGUUGUAACGCCAUUUCCAGCUCCGAAACUGAUGGACCUUCCCAUGUUUCAAGGCGAGCAUAGAGAGAGCUUGUACUGGGGAACUUAUCGUCCUAAUGUUUAUCUUGGGAUUCGAGCAAGGACUCCUCGAUCUUUGGUUGCUGGUUUGAUGUGGAUUGGUAUAAAGGAUGGGAGAUACUUUGUGCGGCAUGUUUGCCAAGACUCAGAUGAGCUGAGCAAAUAUGGUUGGGCACAACAUAAUGGACGUGAUUUUGCACACCAGGUACUUGUUGACCAAGAGAUGGUCUUGAUGACAAGUUUCUUGAAAUCAAAGGGGGAGGGUAGUGGCUAUGGGGGAGAUUGGGCCCUUCGAAUUGACAUGCAAAGUGAGAAGUUCGCAUUGGAUGAAGAUACGUUACAUAUUUUCUUCUAUUUAGCUGAUGAAGAUGAAAUUGUUCUAAGUGUGCGUAAAGAGAUCAUAGACUUUCGUGAUAAUUCUCUUUUGGCUACUGGUUCACGAGCAGAAAUUGGUGGUUGGCAGCUACAUCUAAAAUCAACGGAUGGCUUGGAGGUCCACUAUGCAGGUUUCAAGACACCUCAUAUUCACAAUCUAUCAGAUCUUGUCCAGCAAAAUCUUGGGGCUCAAGUGAGGAUGUUUGGUCGGCUUCAGCUAUCUGACUCCUCUGAUGAUUCUCCAAACAUAUUAGUUUUUCAGAUUUCUGGUAGGAUUCCGUUUAGAACAGAUAUUACUUUUGUUUCUGGAACUGACAAAAAAGAGCCAAGAGUUGGAGACCGCGUAAACAGCCUUACAGGUGUCAUGCUAACUAAUCAACUUGAGGAGAAGCAGAGGGAAUUUGAGAGAAAAUUUGAACAGUGCUUUAAUUUGGCUGACAAGAGUGAUUCUGAUUCCAUGAUUGUCGGUAAGGCUGCUAUUGGAAACAUGUUGGGCGGCAUUGGCUACUUUUAUGGCCAAUCAAAAAUUUCACAACCCGGCAAUUUCAAUGUUAAAACUCACGAUAAUUUCAUUUCAUAUUGGCCCGCUGAGCUUUACACAGCUGUUCCAAGUCGUCCAAUCUUUCCAAGGGGAUUUCUUUGGGAUGAAGGUUUUCAUCAACUGUUGAUCUGGCGUUGGGAUAUUCAUAUAAGCUUGGAUAUCGUUGGUCACUGGUUAGAUUUGAUGAAUAUUGAUGGGUGGAUUCCUCGUGAGCAAAUAUUGGGUGCCGAAGCUUUAAGUAAAGUUCCAGAGGAUUACGUUGUUCAGCAUCCCACAAAUGGAAAUCCACCAACUUUUUUUUUGGUUCUGCGCGAAUUAGUUGAUGGCUUGAAGAAAAACAAGUUUACUGCCAAUGAAAGCAGAGGCAUACUAGACUUCCUAGAACGGGCUUUUGUUCGUCUUGAAGCAUGGUUUCACUGGUUCAAUACUACACAGACAGGGAAGCAGAUGGGCAGCUACUUUUGGCAUGGUAGAGACAACAUGACAACUCACGAACUAAAUCCUCAGACACUGACCUCUGGGUUGGAUGAUUAUCCUCGUGCUUCACACCCAAGCGAAGAUGAACGUCACGUAGAUCUUAGGUGCUGGAUGCUUCUUGCUGCAGAUUGCCUUCAUUCAAUUGCAAUGUUGUUUGAGAAGGAAAGCAAGUCUGGAAAGGAGUAUGGUUCAACAAUUAAGCUGCUUUCAGAUUUUGAAAUUCUGAAUCAGAUGCACUUGGAUGAGGGAUAUGGAGCUUAUUUUGAUUUUGGAAAUCAUACAGAAAAGGUUCGUUUGAAAGAAAUGAACGCACCUCGAGAGCUUGUUCGAGAAGUCUUAGAAGUGCCAGAAUUGAGGCUGGUUCCUCAUGUCGGUUAUGUCAGCAUUUUCCCAUUUAUGGGGAGGAUCAUCCCUUCUGAAUCAUGGAUUCUGGAAAAGCAGCUUGACCUCAUAUCCAAUAGAAGCAUCAUGUGGACUGACUAUGGCCUAUGUUCUCUGGCCAAAACAAGUACAUUAUACAUGAAAUACAAUACAGAGCACGACGCACCUUACUGGAGAGGCCCAAUUUGGAUGAACAUGAAUUACAUGAUUCUUUCCGCGCUCCACCAUUACUCCAGAGAAGAUGGACCAUAUAGAGAGAGAGCCAAGGUCAUCUACAAUGACCUCAGGAGUAACUUGAUUAGAAAUGUGGUCCAAAACUAUAACCAAACAGGGUUUUUCUGGGAACAGUAUGAUCAGGAGACGGGUAAGGGGAAAGGCGCACGCCUGUUUACAGGUUGGACAGCACUUGUGCUAUUAAUCAUGGCGGAGGUUUACAAUUAGGCUAGAGCCUGUCAAACAUGGUGUGUGUUUUUUUUUUGGAAGGUAAAAUUUAGAAUAAUGCUUGAGACGUCCAAAAUAUAAUCACUAUUUCACCUCAAUUGGUGUGUUAUGAUAAAUAUAAAUGGUUAUUUUGCAUGACACAUAAAUUUGGAGUAAAAUGGUGGUCAUAUUUUGGAGUAUGAAGCAAUACUCUAAAUUUAUUAAAAAAUGGAAAACGAUACAUCACGGAGGGUCGGAGCCAAUAUAAUCCCAUACAUUUUGCAUCUCCAACACACUAUGGGGAAAUUGGGAAUACAACCAGCCUAAAACAGGUGGUAGUUUACUGUAUUGUAGUAUUAAUCAUGCCGGAAUUUUAUUGUAUUGUUGUAUUCCAUUCGGAGAAUUGUUGUUUACAUCUUUCAAACUGUACUAAUCUCUUCAUGGUUCUUGUUAUAAAACCUGCAACAAGAUACAGCCUUCACUAUUUUUUAGUUAUGCCAUAUAAACGAUAUCAGUACAGUAAGCAAUCACAAUGGUAAGUUUUUGUCGGGAACAACAAAAUGAGUUGAAAGAUGUGUUUUGUUGAUGUGGUUUAGUAUUUUAUUAAUGUGGCCGGGACAAUAAAAUGUAUUGGUACAAUGAUGUAAAUUUACUGACUUGAUUUUUGUAUAAUAGAGGUAGGAUUCAGUAUUAAUUUUGGAUCAGCGUGGAGGAAUGCAAUGUAACGUGAGCAAUUAGAAAGAGGCCAACAAAUAGGCCUUAUUGGAGCACAAAAAAUUUUAAUGGGCAAAGAAAAAAUCAUUUUUUGCCUUCCAUGCCCAAGCAAAUGCACAUCAUUGCAUUUGCUCUAACCACACCAACAUGUUCUCGAAAAGUUACAAUUUUACGGUGCUUUGCAGCUCAGGUGUUUGAUUAUUUGCCUCUUCCAGGGUGAAAUUUGAAUGUGUAUGAAGGCCAUCGCAUGAUCAGGAAUGGUGGAGAAGAAACUUCUUCCCUGGCUUAAAUUCUACACAGGCACAGCAUCAGAGCUUCCAUUCAACAAUAAUAUGACUUCAAACAAACAAUACUAACAUAUAUUUUGCACAUUGCUGCCUCAGCUACACGCAGAAUGCAAGGUAGGCAAAUUGACCACAAUGCGUACUAGUAUGAAGCAGAAAUCCAUAAAGCUUAUUUGACACUGAAAAGAUAAAUCUGGUAGCAGGUCUUAAACAUCAUGACAAAACCACAAAUUAAACAUCUGCAACGGUUUA